CCCCAUUAAGAAAACAAUAAAUUAAAGAAAUGCAGAUGAUGGAGUGGUCUUCCUCUUGGUGGUGGAGGUGAGGUGGUUAUAGAGAAAGGAUCAUGUAGGACCUUAUUGAGUGAGAGAGAGAGAGAGAGAUUCUUAACACCAAAGGCAGAGACUGUUUAAAAAAAGGGGAGGAAUUGGUAAAGGGAGAGGAAGACUCCUUGAGAGGGAAGGAGGCAUGCACAAAUCCAAGAUAUCUGCAAUACCCAGUUUUCAAUUAUUCGUGCACACCGGAUUCCAUAGCUUACUCUCAUUCGAAAGCCAACAGGCCAAUAAUUGCACAGCUAAUUAGGGGAAAGGCCUUUUUUUCUCAUCUUUGAAGAUCAAGUCCAUUGACAUUUUUGAGAAGCUUUUUUUGGGAGUUUGGUUGAUGCAAAAGUUGUGUAAUAAAGAAUCUGGUGUGAUUUGUGUUCAUUCAAUGUCUCCAUUUGUUGUGGGUUGCUCAUCGUGGGAAAAUUCUAAUGAAUCUUGUGUCCGAAAUUCAUCUAUAUCUGAAAGUUUCACCUUGAAGAUGGGAUUUUCACCGCAAGAUUUUCAUAGCAAUAAGCAGUUGAGCUUCCAAUAUCAAGAUCAGGAUUCAUCGUCAACUCAAUCUACUGAUCGUAAUGCAACUAAGGGAAAGCCUGUGGGAGGUCACACUAAACAUGCCUCAAUUGUGGGAAAUCAAGACCAAAUUGUCCUCUCACCACCGGUUGAUUAUGGUCAUUCUAUUGCUUGCACCCCUCUCUAUCAUGCUGAAUCUUAUGGCGGUGUACUGGCUACUUAUGGGUCACAGGCUAUGCAGCAGUUUCAUCACCCGCAGCUGAUAGGGAUGGCUCCUAGUCGAGUGCCACUACCACUCGAUCUUACAGCGAAUGAACCCAUCUAUGUCAAUGCAAAACAAUACGGUGCAAUUAUCCGGCGGAGACAGUAUCGAGCCAAGCUUGAGGCUCAAAACAAACUUAUGAAAGAGCGUAAGCCAUAUCUUCACGAAUCUCGGCAUAUUCACGCAGUAAAGAGGGCUAGAGGAUCUGGCGGACGUUUUCUCAACAAGAAAAAGCUCCAGGAAUCCACGCCUACUUCUGCAGGUCCUGAACUUGAUGUCUCAGGCUCAUCUCAUCUAAAACUGAGUGUUACUGUGUCAGGAUCUGAAGUUCAGCAGCCAGAAAACAAUAGAGAUGGUGAACCCACAAACUCUGGCUCUAACGUCACAAGGGCCUCCAACAGUGAUGAUAUUUUCCAACAGUCAGAGUUCAAGUUUUCUGGUUACACUCCUCAGAUUGCCAGGGCCUUGCAUGGUCACUCAGGCGACAUACAUGGUGGUGGUGCUCAUCGCCAUCUUUCUGUCCUCCUUUGAAACAGGAGGUCAUCAAGUGGACUCAGCGGUUCGUAUUUCGUGUCCCACUGGAAAAUACGGAUGCUGUUGUUCCAUAGGGGAAGUCAUCCUUGGCUUUUUUUUACUUUCAUCGCUCCUCAAUUUAGGUUGUGCAGGACUUGCUUUACUUUGUUGUGGUUUAUGCUUUAAUUAUAUGUUGGCAACUAUUUGGCAUUUGUUUGUCAUUUGCUGCUUGUUGACAUCUGAUCAAACAAAUUCCACUUGAAUGCGCGAUACACCGCGAUUGGUCGAUCACUUAAUGUUUUUUAUUGUGCCCGUUUGAUUUGAUUUUGAACGCUAGUAGUUAAGUUGUAGAAAAAAUAAGAUGUGAGGUGUUUGGUGAACUCUUAUUGUUGUUA